GAAUAGCCAUAGUUUGAAUAACACAUUCGACAAUCGUUUGAUUUCAUCAGAUUUUUCUAUUUAUAAACCAAAAACAAUUCCAAAAAUAAAACUUCUCAACAAAUUUUGGUAGUCACUGGUAUAGUACACCAUUUUAUGUCACGUGAAUUCAAAACACGCCUAUUUUUACAAAUAGAAAACAAAUGUUUUGUAAGAAUUUAACAAAAUUAAUGAAAAAUUAGGUAAAUGUAGUGAAAAUCCUCAACAAUACUUCAUUCGUUUCUUAAUGUGCCAAAUAAAUAAUUUUCCUUAAGUAGGAAAAGGACAGCAGAUCUUUUUCAGUUGGUCACGAGAGGCUUGUACCGCCAAGUUCAAAAAUGGAACUCACGGAGCCCAGACCCAAGAAAUGUUGCAAACUUUCCAAAAACCUACCUCUCCCAGUUAUUUUGAAGAAGGAUGGUACAGUUCACAGAAUUAAUGGUUUUUUCAAUGGAUUUUCAGUUUGUAUUACCGACAAAGAGGACAUGAAAAAAAUUAUUUCAAUGGGGUAUUUUGGAAAAGCAAAUCUUUCACGAAACUACCCUCAGUUUGGUGAUAAAAGGACUGAAAUAUUGAGAAAUAGGCAAUAUAAAAAAAGAAAAGCUUGGAGUGAACAGACUUCCAGUAAAGAUAUCAGGAAAAUUAUAGUUGUUCCUGACUCUGAAGACGAUAAUGAAGAUUAUUUCACAAAUUUGAGGCCAGAGUACCAAAUCGAUAGGUCAGGACUGAAAGAAACAGUUUGGCUCAGUCUGGAGGAAUCUUUCUUUCUGUCAGAAACUGUGAAGUGCUUGAAUAUUUUCAAUGGCAAAAAUAUUUUAAGUUCUGAAGAAUGUUGGAAAUUAUUUUCGGAAGCAGAUCCUCAUUUUAAACAAAAUUAUAUUGUUUACUUCCAUUUUAGAGCUAAAAACUGGGUAGUGAAGCCAGGUAUAAAAUUUGGUGGGGACUAUUUGCUCUAUAAACAAGGCCCUCCUUUCUUUCAUGCAUCCUAUGUAGUGAUCAUAGACUUCAUGAACGAAGAUUCAACAAGAAAUGAAAGUAUGUUGAGAAAAUCACUGGACAAUGUUUCAUUAUUGAGUUUAAAUAGACUCUGCGAAACGGCAGGAAAGGAGUUGAUGAUAUGUCAAGUUACAGGGCAGCAAAACGAAGAUAUUCACUACACAAAUUUGGGUAGUUUUGUGGUGAACGAGUUGUUAGUUAAACGAUGGAUGUUAACACAAGAACUUUCUUGAAAUGUUUAUUUUUAAAACUACAUUAUAAUUCUUCUCAAUCCUA